AAUGAAAGUAGUAAGGUUAGGGAAAGGUUUAAUUAAUUAAUUAAUCAAGUAAGCAGAAGUAAUUGCGAUGUUAUCAUGAGUUGACAGUUGAUGUUGAGAGGGAAGCACAAAAAUAUUAAUUAAACAAAUAAAGAAAAAAGAAUAUAGAGAAGGAUCGAUGUGAAUGGGUUUUUAGGGUUUUUGGAAGGAAGAAUUUCGAGCGAAAAUGUCUCUAACGAACGUGAAAAUGUCUGAAGAAGUUUGGUUAACAUGCGUCACUCAUGCAUUCUCCACUGAAACCGAAGAGAUUAUGGGUCUUCUUCUCGGCGACAUCCAGCAUUCGAAAAAUGGGAGUGUUACUGCAUUGAUAUGGGGAGCAUCUCCUCAAACAAGGUCUGAUCGUCGAAAAGAUCGAGUUGAAACUAACCCUGAACAGUUGGCUGCUGCUUCAGCCCUUGCUGAUAGAAUGAGUGUUUCCACUGGAAGAACAACUAGGGUGAUAGGUUGGUACCAUUCACAUCCUCAUAUUACUGUUCUGCCUUCGCAUGUUGAUGUGCGGACUCAGGCAAUGUAUCAACUUCUUGAUUCUGGGUUUAUUGGAUUGAUUUUUUCUUGUUACAACGAAGAUGCAAACAAGGUAGGAAGAAUUCAAGUAAUUGCUUUCCAGUCAUCUGAUGGGAAACAGAAUAACAUAUCAAGACCUAUACCUCUGUCUCCUGUAAAGAGAAGCUCCAUUAUUGAUAUAGAUUCAUCACCAAGUUCCUCAGAGAAUGCAUCAACAAGAUUUGGUUACUUCAAGGCAGAUAGCCCAGAGCAGGACACUGGUGAUUCGAGAAGUGCUGGUACUAGUAAGGGUGGGGGGAGAUCUUCAGAAUUGGGGAAUUUCUUCGCUAAUGCUGAUGCCAACUAUCUAGGGAGCGUAAAAGAUGGAGGAAACUAUAAUCUCAACAAUUCAGACACCAACCUAGUUGAUGAUCCCAUGGAUAUGUCAGAAAGUAUACAGGAAGCUAUGCACCGUUCAAAUUUGGACAUGAGUGGUGCAGAGUAUUUAAGAAAAGAAAUCCCCCUUUAUGUUUUGCCAUCCUUGUCUCUUAUCAACCUUGAUUCUCCACUAUCAUCAUACAUGGAUCUGCAACAUGUACUAUUUGAAGAGGAGCGGACAGCAUAUAAUCAAGCCAUCUUACAAAAUACAAGCAAAGGGAAAGUGCAUCCACUCACUUUUAUACACCACACUUCAACUUACCAGGCUUCCUUGUGCAAGUUGAUCGAAUAUUGUUUAAGUCCUGCAAUAAACGCACUUCAAGAUCGACUGAGAGAGAAUGAAAUUCGGUUAGCAGUUCUGAGUGAAGAAGCCAAGAGUCUGGAGGCAGAGGCGUCUACGACUAGAGCGAGUGAAGCAAGUGUAGGAUCUCCCCGUCAAGUAGCACCUCAUUUACAUCGAGGAGGAAGUUCCUCUCCUGGUCAGAGAAACUCGCAGAGCUCAAGCGAAUCUCUUGGUUCAAAGAAUGUAGCUAGUCCUGGUAGCCGAAGCAGACGGGGAUAGUAACGUUAUAUUCUCUUCGGAUGUAGUGCUUCAAGCAGCAUGACAAGGAUGAUUAACGAUGAUUUUGCUAGAACGAUACAUAGAAUGUACAUGAUCAUGGUAUAAAGUUUGCUAGUUUGAAAAUGAUGCUAAAUGAAAUUUUCUGCUAGUUGUAGCCAAUUACUUGUGUACAAUGGUGAAUUUAUAAUUUUAUUCUUGGAAGAACGAAUUGAAGUUAUCAAUGACAUGCAUGGUUGGAUUGGAGGUUUGUCAAACUUCAAUCGGGA